AUGGCGUGGUUUCAUCUGGCUCGGGUCAAAGUGAACUGGACAGCACUUUUAAUUUUGGCCCACUUCACAUACCUGCUGAUCGGGGCUAUCAUCUUCCAGAUUCUGGAAAGAGAAGCUGAGAGCAACAAUAGAAACCACUUCCAGCUGGAGAAACUACAUUUCCUGACUAAUUACACCUGCUUGGAUGGUCCUGCCUUGGAGAAGUUUGUCCAGGUGAUUUUAUAUGCCUGGGAAAAGGGAGUGAACCCCUCAGGCAAUUCAACCAACCCCAGUAACUGGGAUUUCAGCAGCUCCUUCUUUUUUGCUGGCACAGUUGUCACAACCAUUGGUUACGGAAACCUCUCCCCGAGCACAGUGUCUGGUCAGGUGUUUUGUGUGUUUUACGCACUCUGUGGUAUUCCUCUGAACCUGGCUUUCCUGAAACAAAUGGGCAAGUGUCUGACCAUUCAUCUGGGUCGACUAGAGACAGGAAUAGUGGCGGUUGUUCCUCACAAGAAAGCCGUGGAAGCGCUGGCAGUCAGUUUGUUCUUCAUCACCGGCAGCCUGCUGUUUCUCGUCAUCCCUCCUCUUCUGUUCAGUUAUGUGGAAGGCUGGACAUUUGGAGAGGCCUUCUACUUUGCCUUCAUUACCCUCAGCACCAUUGGUUUUGGAGAUUAUGUAGUGGGCACCGACCCAGGGAAGGAGUACAUCUCCCUGUACCGCUGCCUUGCGGGCAUUUGGAUCAUCUUCGCGCUUGCUUGGCUUGCGCUCAUUCUUAACAUGGGAGUGAGGAUCAUAGAGAACCUGGUUAUCCUAACUCACCCAGGUUUUAAGAAGCAUGAAGAAGAGGAUGAGGAAGUUUCCUCCAGUAAAUUAGAAGUCACAUCAAAGAUCUGACAAUGGACUUUAAAUUUUUUCAAGCAAUAUUAUAAUUUACUUAAUGUUUUUUUUUUUCCUUUCUCUCUCUCUAAGAUCUCUCUUAAUACAAGAAGAGGCAACAGCAGUUUUAAUACAUGCAUAUAUUAGUGAUGUAUUGUGUUCUACCUCAGUGUGAAAGGGUUAAGGCUUGGCUUGAUCAGGAAUCUGUUUUUUCCAUUCUAUGUUUCUCUUCUUGUUCUCUUCUGAUUCCCACCCGUAUGAUUAGAUGUUCAAACAGGAAGCUCAUAUCUGGGCUGUUAUUUCAUGACACCAUGUCAGAUUGAAUGUGUGUGCGUGUGUGUGUGUUCAUUGUCAGUCCACAUCUGUGCUUGUGUGCUGAUGGGAGAACCAAGUGAAUUGAGCACGGACGGCUAUCUUAAACCAACACAUUAAUCAAGAUGGUGAUGCGAGGUGGAAAAAAAGGAGGAUGGCCCUCACCUGACACUACCUUAUGUUUUUCAGAAGACACGAUUAAAAACACUAAAUACACAUAUCUGACAUUCAUUCAAGAUGCCGUGCAAAGGAGCUCAUACAGCUGGGACUUUUUCACAAUUUGUCAUGUAUUCACAAACUUUUAUGUUUUUGUUCCUAUUGUAUUGCACAAUGAUGGAGUAGAAGGAAGAGGACGCAGGGUUCAUUAGAAAUAAAAAUCUGAAAUAUGUC